AAUCAUCCACUUCCCAUAACUAGUAAGAAGAUUUACUUCCUUAGAUCUACGAUGAGUGCCCAAACUGAAGGCAGGAGGCUAGAAGGUAAGGUGGCGCUGAUAACCGGUGGAGCCAGAGGCAUAGGAGAGACAGCUGCUAGACUCUUCGUCAAACAUGGUGCCAAAGUUCUAAUUGCAGACAUCCAAGACGAAUUAGGCCACUCCGUCUGUCAAGAACUUCAAACCCCGGACAGAGUCAACUAUGUCCACUGUGAUGUUACAUCUGAAUCUGAUGUCCAACAUGCUGUGGACUUGGCAGUGUCUUUGUAUGGAAAGCUCGAUAUCAUGUUCAACAACGCAGGGAUAUGUGGCUCAAGCAACACGAUAUUUGACUCGAACAAUGAAACAUUCAAGAAAGUCAUGGAGGUCGUUGCAUUUGGCGGGUAUUUAGGUGCCAAACAUGCUGCCAGGGUGAUGGUUCCUGCAAAGAAAGGGUGCAUCUUGUUCACAGCAAGUUCGGUCACGGAGUGCUUCGGAUUUGGUAUGCACGAAUAUGUGAUGGCGAAAUGUGCAAUUGUGGGAUUUGCUAAGAACCUGGCUGUGGAGUUGGGGCAGUAUGGGAUAAGAGUUAAUUGCAUUUCACCGUUUGCAGUUGCGACUCCAUUGAUGACAGAAAGGUUUGGGUUAACCAAGGAGAAAGCAGAUGAGGUGAUUGGUUCCUCGGCUACCUUGAAGGAGACUGCAUUGGAACCAGAGGACAUUGCUCAAACUGCUUUGUACCUUGCAAGCGAUGAGUCCAAGUAUGUAAGCGGAAUCAACCUGGUGGUUGAUGGAGGUUAUGGCCUCACCAAUCCCACUUUCCCAAUGGCUAUCAAGAGCAUACUUUUUCCUUGAAGAAAACAGAGGUGCUCUGUUCGGCUGUGAAGCCUAUUUUCUUCCAUGUCUCAAAUAAAAUUAGCAGGAAGUAUAAUCCUGUUUAUGGACUUGUUAAAAUCAUUCUAUCAUAAUUUCCCUUCCUUAAUAAUUUGUAUUCAUAUAA